AUGAAACGGAGCGCCGCACGCGCAUCUGGGACGAACAAAGGCAAAGGCAAGGCGGCGCCACCACCACCACGCCAGGAGCCACGGAAGAAGCGGUCGGCUGCACCAGUCGAGAGGGGCUUAUGGUCGGACAAGGAGAGCACCAUAUUCGCCGCGGCAAAGUGGUUCAUGAAAGAGGAGCUCGAGCCUCUCAAGGGGAAGCAGGGGACGCAAUACUGGGUCCGACUACUCGCGCACAUCAAGGAGUCGAACCCUGGAUGGUGCAGGGGUGUCAACGCGUUGCAGAAGCAGUGGCGUAACUUGACGCUCCUCUGGCGGGAGUACAAGCGUGGCGACGGGGGGUCAGGCCACGGCUCGGUUGAGAAACCACCGUGGUAUCCGUACCUGGAGCUGCACAACCAGGACACCGCCGCAGCCGCACCGCAUGCGGUGGACGGCGGCGGCGCCACGGACGUCAACGUGCCGGCCGGCAUGGAGGUUCCAAGUUCGUCUCAGCCAGGCACGUCAACACCAACCUUUACGGCUCCGCCGCCGCCGACCACCGCAACACCUAGGCGCGCACGGGUGCAUGAGACGGCUACCAUGCAAGCAGCCAAGCUGGUCUCCGCGAUCAUCAAGGAUUGUCACGGUGACGUGAUGACGCGCAUUGAGAGCCUCGUACGUGAAUGGAUGGCGCAGGACAUGCGACUUGCCCGCGAGCGCAUGACUGAAUCGGCGCCCCCGGACGUGCACCGUGCGCCGCCGGAUUUCAGCCCUCCUCCGCCACGCGGGGAGUCCGCACCACCUCCCGAAGCCGCACAGCAUGGCGACGAUGUUGGCGACGUCAACACCGUCACUCCGGGUGCUGAGGAUGUGGAGAUAUGGGUGCGCGGCGCCGACGAUUAG